AUGCUACAACAAUGUGAUGAACUUGACGAAAUCGAGGAGAAGUAUCAGCAGCAGAUAUUUGAACUCACUGAUGAAAGAGAUGCACUAAAGGCUCAAAUCGACCCAGCUAGCACGAGUAAACCAGUUGUACAAAAUCUACGCGCUGCACUUACUGAGGGCGUAAAGCCGCUCACACCGGACCAUUCAAUGAAUCACAAUGAAGACGCAAUGAUGGAAGCACGAGAAAAGAUACUCAAACUAGAGAAUGAAAACAACAUCUUGAAGAUGGAGAAAGAACGUUUAGAAAAGGUAAGGUCCAAGCUUCAUUUACCCAUUCCUACAAACUGGAGGAUAAUUGCAUCGAUAUUCUGAGU